AUGGCUACCGUGUUGGUGCACGCUCGGGAAAUCAAGCAGCUCUCCAAUGACAGUUUCCCAGAUAGCGAGGAGCUGGCGGAGCAGGUUGAGAACUGGAGGAACAUCAUUUUGUACUACUUGGAGGCAGAGCAGCAGCAUGCUGCAAAGAUCUAUUUGGAGGAUAUGGCCAAGACGUUGGUGUAUGUGCGGAUGAUGGUCCGAGGCGAUGAUGUCUCUCAGAAGCUCCACGGAGUGCAAUUUUACCGAGCUCCACUGCCAGCAGGCUUCACGUUCAUGAAUCUUGCCCCUCCAGUGCACCCGGAUGAGGUGCUGAUGAAGGCGGAAAUUAAACAGUGUGUGAAUUUCAUGCUGCGCUUCAAGCGGCUUCGCGCACAUUGGUCUGCUUUCUUUUCAUCGAUGUGCCACGUCCUGCGCUAA